UUUGUCUAGGCCGAGGGGUUUUGAGAUUUCAAAGAUGAGAAGCAGCAGCCUCCAUGGCAGUUGUUCGAUAAGGAAGCUGAGUAGCAUUUCCCAUGGCACCAAUUUCAAGUCUUCCUUUUAUGGCUUUACAAACUAUCAAUUUCCAAGAGCCAUCCCUUCACUAAGUUUCAAAUAUUGUCAUUCCUCUGUUCGUUGCGCUGUCAGUUUUCGACCUUGCAUUGAUAUUCACAAGGGGAAAGUGAAACAAAUUGUUGGGUCAACCCUUAGAGAUUCGAAGGAGGAUGAAUUAGCCCUUGUAACCAAUUUCGAAUCGGAUAAGUCGGCAGCCGAGUUUGCCAAGUUGUACAAAAAAGACGGGCUAACGGGUGGUCAUGUAAUCAUGCUUGGAGCUGAUCCUCUGAGCCAAGCAGCAGCCUUUGAAGCGUUGCAUGCAUAUCCUGGUGGCUUGCAAGUAGGAGGUGGGAUCAAUUUAGCCAAUUGUUUGAGUUACAUCGAUGAAGGAGCCAGCCAUGUCAUUGUCACUUCAUUUGUAUUUAACAAUGGGAAAAUGGACCUUCAAAGGCUCAAAAGUCUUGUCGAUGUUGUUGGGAAGCAAAGACUCGUCUUGGACCUUAGCUGCAGGAAGAAGGAUGACAAAUAUGCCAUCGUUACUGAGCGGUGGCAAAAAUUCACUGAUGUCUAUCUUGAUGAGGAAGUAUUGAGUUUUCUUGCCGGAUAUGCGGAUGAAUUUUUGGUCCAUGGUGUGGAUGUUGAAGGGAAAAAGCUGGGAAUAGAUGAAGAUCUCGUGGCAUUGUUAGGCGAGCAUUCUCCGAUUCCUGUUACUUAUGCCGGCGGUGUGACGGUAGUGGAUGAUUUAGAGACUAUAAAAGCAGCAGGGAAGGGACGAGUGGACGUUACCGUGGGAAGUGCCUUGGAUAUUUUCGGGGGCAACUUAGCUUAUAACGAUGUUGUUGCAUGGCAUGAGAGUAACAGGAGGACGAUUCAUUAAACUUCUAGAGCUUCCCGAGGCCUGCUCAGGCGAGCUGCCUUGUAAGUUACUUGAUGAGCACUCAAUGGUAGUAAGCCGGACUUCGGAAGUCGCCUCCAGGAUUCCCUUCUUGUGUUAUAGAAGCUUUUAAUUACAUGGAAACUAAUGGAAUAUUGCGUCAAAAUUUU